AUGACUAUGCCCGUUUAUCCGUCAGCCGAUAAAAUGAAAAUGAGUACUCCAAGCUGCUUUCCCGGUCGAUACAGCCCCAACUACAGGGGGCCCGAGCAGAUGCGACGAUGUAUGGCGAAUCCAUCGAGUCGUUUCCUGGAGGAUGCGUCGCUAAUGUGCAACUCCUGGUCACCUAGGCAUAAUGGCGACAUAUUCUCCGGGCUGAACGAUGGAAUUUUAAGCAGAGCCGAGGCCCUCGCAGCCGUCGAUAUCGGCAAGCACCAGAACAAUCACCCACAGAUGGCAACGCAGCUGAAACACGACGUCAUGUACCACCACGGGAUGGGAGCACCCCCACAAAGGCCUCUACAGAUGCACCACACAAUGGACGGUAUCGAUAUGCUCGAUCCGACCGGCUCGAUGACGACACUGACGCCAAUGGCGGAAACGCCAAUCUCGUCGUCCCAUCACCAGCUGCACGGUUCCUAUCACAGCAUGAACCACAUGAUGGGCCACCACCACAGCAGCCACCUCGGGAACCACACGCCAGGUAGUACGGACGCGGGCACGGACCGGGAGCACCCGGGGGCGGCCGGAAGUUGCGUCUCUAAUGCAACCUAUAAUGCAAUCUUCGCAGAUGGCUUCCUGGGGGCCCAUCAUCCGGCGAUGGCGGCCGCGGUGGCGGCGGCCGGGCUGCACCCGGACACCGAUACCGAUCCGAGGGAAUUGGAAGCCUUCGCCGAGCGGUUUAAGCAGAGGCGAAUAAAGCUAGGAGUGACCCAGGCGGACGUCGGGAAAGCCCUAGCGAACCUAAAGUUACCAGGCGUUGGUGCACUGUCGCAGAGUACCAUCUGCCGAUUCGAGAGCUUAACCCUGUCCCACAACAACAUGAUAGCACUGAAACCGAUCCUGCAGGCAUGGCUAGAGGAGGCCGAGGCCCAGGCCAAGAACAAACGAAGAGACCCGGAUGCACCGAGCGUGCUUCCGGCGGGAGAGAAAAAAAGAAAAAGGACUUCCAUUGCUGCACCGGAAAAGCGUUCCCUCGAAGCAUACUUUGCCGUCCAACCGAGACCCUCGGGCGAGAAGAUCGCAGCAAUAGCGGAGAAGCUGGACUUGAAGAAGAACGUCGUGCGCGUUUGGUUCUGCAACCAGCGCCAGAAACAGAAACGCAUGAAGUUCGCGGCCCAACACUGA